AUAAUUAUAGUAAUCACUUGCUUGUAAUAUGGCAAGCAAAAUAGAAUUGCUCUGGAAGCAGGCGCUCAAGUGUUUCACAGGAUGUCAGAUCCCUGGUUACGUGUUUUCCUCCAAGAAUUUCGAGAAACUCACUAAUUUGAUGAACGAAAUAACUGCAGAGGACGUCAGUGUGAAUAAAAAUAUGUUGGACUUUGUGAAAGCUCAACCAGCACCCAUGUGUGCAAUCGAUGUGUUUGAGAAUCAAGACAUUACCAUUGCUGUGUUUAUCUUGAAGAGUGGUAUGACUCUACCUAUGCACAACCAUCCAGAGAUGCAUGGUUUGCUGAAGGUGAUAAAUGGUGUUGUGAAAAUAAACAGUUACACCUUUGAGACACAAGAUGAUGAAAAAACUCUAGAGUUGGGCAGAACAAUCUCAGUAACCAAACAUGCACCAGUCACUGUCAGAUCAACUGAUCCUGCCUGUGUUUUGACACCAAUUUUAAAAAAUAUUCAUGAAAUCACAUGUCUGGAAGGUCCAGCAGCUUUUCUGGAUGUCCUUAGUCCACCUUACGAUAUUUUAGGCAAAUACGGUGAAAAGUCGAGAUUGUGCACAUACUUCAAAGUACUUCAAGAUGAUGGAACGACUGACAAGGUACAGUUGGAAGUUACAAACGUACCUCUAGACUUUUAUUCACAUAGUAUAAUGUACUUGGGUAAGCCAUUGUCGUGAUUAUAAAG